AUGGUCACGUCAUCAUUUCAAAAUCUUCCACCAAAUUUUACCAUUUCACAGGAUAAAAGUCAUGCGGUAUUAUCUGUUCCCAUCGAAAAAUCUUAUAAUGAUGAUAGAUCUUAUAGACUUAUUAGAUUAAGUAAUGAAUUAGAAGCUUUACUUAUUCAUGAUGCUAAUACGGAUUAUUCAAGUGCUGCUAUAGAUGUUCACGUUGGUCAUUUAUGUGAUCCGGAAAAUUUACAAGGACUUGCUCACUUUUGUGAACAUUUAUUAUUUAUGGGAACUGAAAAGUAUCCAAAAGAAAAUACUUAUAGUGAAGAUUUAUCAACUCAUGGUGGUCAUUCAAAUGCUUAUACAGGAGCUGAUCACACAAAUUAUUAUUUUGAAGUUAGAUCUGAAUUUUUGGAAGUUACUUUAGAUCAAUUCGCCCAAUUCUUUAUAGCUCCAUUAUUUGAUCCAAGCUGUACCGACAGAGAAUUAUUGGCGGUUGAUUCCGAAAACAAUAAGAAUUUACAAUCGGAUGUUUGGAGAAUUUCUCAACUGGAAAAAUCGUUAACGAAUCCAAAACAUCCCUAUUCAAAAUUCAGUACAGGAAAUUUAGAAACUCUUAGAGAUAAUCCAAUUAAGCAAGGAUUAAAUAUAAGAGAUGAACUAUUAAAAUUUCAUGAAAAACAUUAUUCCGCCAAUAUUAUGAAAUUGGCUGUACUUGGUAGAGAAUCUUUAGAUCAACUCUCUCAAUGGGUUGUUGAAAAAUUUUCUGCUGUCAAAAAUAAAAAUAUUUCAGUACCUACUUUCGAAGAUAAUCCUUUAACCGAAAAUGAGUUGCUGAGACAAGUUUUUAUUAAACCUGUGAAAGAAGUUCACAACUUAAGUAUGACUUUGCCUUUUCCUGAUCAAAGAAUGUUGUUUCGUGCUCAGCCUGGAAAAUAUUUAUCGCAUUUGAUUGGACAUGAAGGAUUUGGGUCAAUAUUAUCAUUAUUGAAAAAGAAAGGUUGGGCAAAUGGCCUAGGUGCUGGAACAAUCCUAGUCAGCGGGUUUGGACUUUACAAAAUUAUGAUUGAUCUUACUGAAUCAGGAUUAGAUGUGGUCAUACAUGUAUUUCAAUAUAUUGAAAUGUUGAGGCGUGAGGGUGUACAAGAGAGGAUUUUUCGAGAAGUUGAACAACUCUCUGAAAUAUCAUUUAAAUUUGAGGAAAAAUCCUCACCAUCAAGAUAUGUUUCAAAUCUAUCCAAUUCUAUGCACAAACCAUUUCCAAGAGAAUGGGUUUUGAGUGGAAAUUCUCUAAUAAGAGAAUAUAAUCCACAAUUGAUUCAUGAAUCAAUUGAAUCACUUCGUCCCGAUAAAUUUAUUCUUGCAUUAAUUAGUCAGUCUUUUACCGGAUUAGAUCAAAGAGAAAGAUGGUAUGGAACUGAAUACAAAGUGGAAGCUUUAAGUGAUAAACUUGUUCAGGCUUUGAAUAAUAUUAAAUUACAUAAUGAUUUGAAACUACCUUCAGCUAAUGAGUUUAUUCCAACAAACUUUGAAACUCACAAGAUUGAAGUUGCGACGCCUUCCAAGAGUCCAAAUUUGAUCAAGAAUACUCAAUUUUGUCGGUUGUGGCAUAAAAAAGACGAUACAUUUUGGGUUCCAAAGGCAAGUGUAAAUAUAAAGUUAAGAAGUCCAAUUGCUUAUGUUACACCAUUGAAUUGUGUUAAAACUCAACUAUUUACAGACUUACUGAAAGAUGCUCUAAAUGAAUACUCGUAUAACGCUGAAAUUGCAGGAUUAAGUUAUAGUCUUGAAAAUGAACAAGAAGGGCUAUUAUUAUCGAUUGAUGGUUAUAACGACAAAUCACAGGUUUUGUUGGAGAAAAUUGUUAUUAGAAUGAAAAAUUUUGAAGUUGAUCCCCAAAGAUUUUUGUUAAUCAAAGAGCAACUUCAGAGAUCUUAUAAAAAUGCUUUAUUCGAAUCACCACAUUAUCAUGCAAUGUAUUACCUAUCAUACGUGACGCAAGAAAAAUUGUGGACAAACGAAGAAAAGUUAGAAGCAUUACAGGACAUCAAAUGUGAAGAUAUAACAGCAUUUUAUCCUGAAUUAUUGAGUCAAUUACAUAUUGAAUCAUUAAUCCAUGGGAAUAUACUUAAAGAUGAUGCGAUUAUAAUGCUCCAGAAAGUUGAGGAAAUUCUUCGACCAAAAGCACUCCAACCGUCACAAAUAGUUGGCCAAAGAUCUGUUAUAAUUCCAUCAGGAAAAAGGUUUAUUCAUCAACGAAAUGUUUUUGAUUCAAAUGAAGUUAACUCUGCCAUUGAAUAUUAUAUUCAAAUUGGUGAUUUAUUGGAUAAAGAAUUAAGAUCUAAACUUGGUUUAUUAUCUAAAAUUGCUUAUGAACCGUGUUUUGAUCAAUUAAGAACGAAGGAACAACUGGCGAGAUCUUUGGGAUUUAGGGUUAUCGUACAAAGUGUGAAGGAUACGAUUCAUUUAGAAAAUAGAAUUGAAUCUUUUUUGAUAAAAUUGCGGAAAGACAUCGAAGAGAUGUCAGAACAAGAAUAUCAACAUCAAGUUCAAUCAUUGAUUUCAAAGAAAUUGGAGAAACCCAAAAAGUUAUUUCAUGAAACUAACAGAUAUUGGCCCCAAAUUCUUUCCGGAAAUUAUGAUUUCGAACAAGCUAAUACGGACGCAGAAGAAUUACGUAAAAUUAUGAAACAGGAUCUUUUAGAAUUUUACGAUAAAUUCCUUGAUCAAACUUCACCAUCUUACAAAAAACUUUCGGUACACUUGAGAUCACAAAAAACAUUACCAUCAAAGUCGCUUAAAAACCCGGUUGAUGUUAAUCAUCUACAUCGAUGUUUAUCCUCACAUGGUCUCGAUUCAAUAACAGUACAAGUUUUACAAACUUUUGUAAAUCCUCAAACAAACUCGGAAUUGGAUGGACCCGAUCUAGAAAUAAUAUUAAAAAAUGUACUGAUCGAUCAAACCAAAUCUAAUGAAAAUGAAAUCGAGGAAUUGGUGAAAAAACUCAGUAAAACCUAUUUAAAUGGUGACACAAGUAUCGUGGAAGAAGUAAAAAAGGAUAAAGAAAGAAAGUUGGAAGAAGAAUUGGAAUUAAAAUUAAAGAAAGAAAAUGAAAUGAUUGAUAAUGUUAUAUCUUGGAAAAAUCAAAUGAAUUUAGGUCCUACAGCUAAACCAGUUGUACCGUUUCAACAAUAA